GGCCUGUGUGGUGACUUCAACGGAGUCCAGCGUUAUAAUGAGUUCACUGAUUCAGAAACAGGGAAUUCUAUAACUCCUUAUUAUGGGGAAGCAUGGAAAGUCAAUGGUCCUACGGAAAACUGCGAAGCAAUCUCUACAGCCCCAAAGACGUGUGAAAAUCAGAUAGCCCUCUGUGAGAUUCUGCUGAAAAAACCUGCAUUCCACAGCUGUCAAAACCUGAUUGAUAUUGACUCCUUUGUCAAAGCCUGUGUGGAGGACCUGUGCUACUGUAACAGCAAUGAUACGUCAUGCUUGUGUCCAACCAUAUCAGAGUACUCCCGUCAGUGUGCUCAUGCAGGCGGGAAACCACAGCAAUGGAAGAGUGCACAACUGUGUGAAAAAACAUGCCCUUUCAACAUGGUGUAUAAGGAAUGUGGUAGUCCCUGUUCUGACUCCUGCAGCAACCUCCAGAGAAGCCAAGUGUGUGAUGAUCACUGCAUAGAUGGAUGCUUCUGUCCAUCUGGGACUGUCUUCGAUGACAUUACAAAAAGUGGGUGUGUUGCUGUUGACCAGUGCUCCUGCUUACAUAAUGGCAAGCCAUACAAACCAGGCGAAUCAUACUCAAGUCCAUGUAGAAAAUGCACUUGUGCAGGGGAGUGGAUCUGUAACCAAAUGAACUGUCCUGGUAUCUGCUCCAUACUGGGUGGCUCCCACAUCUCCACCUAUGAUUAUAAAACAUACACGUUUCAUGGACUCUGCUCUUAUGUCCUCACCAAGGAAACUAAUGGGACUUUCAGUGUCCUUGGUGACCUGGUCAAAUGUGAAAAAUCAGAUCAAACAACUUGCCUGACUGCAGUCACUCUACUACUGCCUAAUCAAGUGAUGAUUGUGGUUGAGGCCAAUGGACAGGUUACUUAUAACAAAAUGACCUCUCACCUGCCUUUUUACAGGGAUGACAUCACAGUCUUCAGCCCAUCGACAUUCUUCAUUGUAAUCCACACCACCUAUGGGCUUCAACUUGAGAUUCAGCUCACACCCAUUAUGCAGGUCUACAUCAAAGCCAGUGUUUCAAAUAAAGGAAAACUGAACGGCCUUUGCGGAAAUUUUAACAAUGUGGGAGCUGAUGACUUCAAAAGCACAAAUGGAUUGAUUGAGGGAACAGCUUGGACAUUUGCCAACACAUGGAAGACCAAAGCAAGCUGCCCUGAUGUGACAAACAUACUUAGGGACCCCUGCAUUUUGAGUGUAGACAAUGAGAAAUAUGCCAAACACUGGUGCUCCAUGCUGACAGACCCAAAAGGAAUUUUCUCUCAAUGCCAUUCUACAAUAAACCCUCAAGACUAUCAAACUUCCUGUAUAUAUGACACCUGCAGCUGUGAAAACAGUGAGGACUGCAUGUGUGCUGCAAUAUCCUCCUAUGUCUAUGCAUGUGCUACUAAAGGGCUCUUACUAAAUGGAUGGAGGGACACCAUAUGCCAGAAAUACACAACUGGCUGCCCUUCUACUUUUGCAUAUGACUACCAAAUGAAAAGCUGUGGUCGCACCUGUGGCUCUCUUAGUCAGUCAGACCCAUCAUGUGAGGUUGAAUUCACCCCGCUUGAUGGCUGCGGCUGUGCUGAAGGAACUUACCUAAAUGAGAAGGGAGUGUGUGUGUCAGAGUUACAAUGCCCCUGUUAUGUGGGAGACACGGUGAUACACCCUGGGCAAAUGAUGACGAUUCAAGGACAAUCAUGCUCUUGCCACAGUGGAAAACUAAGCUGUACAGGAGCCCAGAUAAGUGAAUCAUGCACAUAUCCAAUGGUUUUCUUCAACUGCUCAAGCGCAAAGCCAGGUGCGCAGGGAUCUGAGUGUCAAAAAAGCUGCCAGACACUGGACACAGUUUGUGUCAGUACACAUUGUAUCUCAGGUUGUGUGUGUCCAGCUGGCCUACUGUCAGAUGGUAAUGGAGGAUGUAUUAAGGACGAUCAAUGUCCCUGCACAUAUAAUGGAGAAUCUUAUAAUUCUGGAGAGACUGUCACUGUGAAAUGCAAUACCUGCACUUGCAAAAGCAGGAUAUGGAAAUGUACAGAUAAUGAGUGUGGAGGAAUGUGUACCAUAUAUGGAGAAGGGCAUUACAUCACUUUUGAUGAAAAUAGAUUCUCCUUUAAUGGGGACUGUGGCUACAUCGUCUCUCAGGAUUACUGUGGGGAUGAUACAGAUGGCACCUUCAGGGUCCUGACUGAGAGCAUCCCAUGUGGAACAACAGAAAGCAUCUGCUCCACUGCUAUCAAGCUCUACUUAGGGAACAAUGAAAUUAUUCUUUCAGAGGAAAAUAUCAAAGUUAUCAAACAAGACAAAGGAGAGGACAUACCCUUCCAUGUCAACACUAUGGGUAUAUAUCUUGUCAUUGAGGCAAAGAAUGGUCUUGUUCUAAUUUGGAAUAAAAAGACAACACUCAUGAUCAAACUCAGCUCCACGUUCCAGGGAAAAGUCUGUGGUAUGUGUGGGAAUUAUGAUGGGAAUAUCCAGAACGAUUUCACCACUAGAAACAAAGAAGUUGUGGUUGAUGCCUUUAAGUUUGGAAACAGCUGGAAAGUGUCACCUACCUGCCCCAAUGCGGAUACACUAAAAAAUCCCUGCAGUCUGUACUCACACAGACAGGCAUGGGCAUUAAAACACUGCAGCAUUGUCACCAGUGAAAUAUUUGCUAGUUGCCAUUCAAAGGUGAAUCCAAAACUCUAUCAUGAAGCCUGUGUGAGAGACACAUGUUCCUGCAACACAGGGGGAGACUGUGAGUGUUUCUGCUCAGCUGUCGCAGCCUACGCAGCAGCCUGUAGCAGGGCUGGAGCCUGCGUGAAAUGGAGAACUCCCACAAUCUGCCCUCUAUUCUGUGAUUACUACAACGAUGACGGAGAGUGUGAAUGGCACUAUGAGUCUUGUGGAAAACCAUGCAUGAAGACAUGCAGGAAUCCCUCAGGAAUCUGCUACAAUAAAAUUCCACCAUUAGAAGGCUGCUAUCCAAGAUGCCCACCUGAACGAUCUUAUUUGGAAGAAGCUACCAUGAAAUGUGUGUCAAAGCAUGAAUGUGGCUGCUAUGAUAACGAAGGGAACCAUUAUAAAGAAGGGGAGGUCAUCCCUCCAAAGGAAAACUGUCACAAAUGGUAGGAUAUUUUUAGAUCU